AUGCCCUCCUGGGCCCUCUUGGUGGUCACCUCCUGCCUCCUCCUGGCCCCCGAACACCUGGCACAAGUCACCAGCCAAGAUGCCUCUUCGCUGGCCUCGGACUCAAAGCCCCUGAACUGUUUCUCUCGAACAUUUGAGGACCUCACUUGCUUCUGGGAUGAGGAAGAGGCAGCGCCCAGUGGAACAUACCAGCUGCUGUAUGCCUACCCAGGGGAGAAGCCCCGUGCCUGCCCCCUGAGAUCCCAGAGUAUGCUUCCCUUUGGAACCCGAUACGUAUGCCAGUUUCCAGCCCAGGAUGAAGUUCGCCUCUUCUCUCCACUGCACCUCUGGGUGAAGAACAUGUUUCUGAACCAGACUCUGACCCAGCAGGUGCUCUUUGUGGAUAGUGUAGGCCGGCCAUCUCCCCCCAGUAUCAUCAAGGCCAUGGGCGGGAGCCAGCCAGGGGAACUUCAGAUCAGCUGGGAGGCCCCUGCUCCCGAAAUCAGUGAUUUCCUGAGGUACGAACUCCGCUACGGCCCCAAGGAUCCCAGGAACUCCACUGGUCCCACAGUCAUGCAGCUGCUGUCCACAGAAACCUGCUGCCCAGCUCUGCGGAGGCCAAACCCAGUCCCAGCUUGGGACCAGCCACUAUGUGCUCAGCCCAUGAUGCCCGCACAGGAUGGACCAGGGCAGACCUCCCCAACUAGAGAAGCUCCAUCUCUGAUAGUGAUGGGUGGAAGCUGCCUCAUCUCAGGGCUCCAGCCUGGUAACUCCUACUGGCUCCAGCUGCGCAGCCAACCUGAUGGGGUUUCCCUCCAUGGAUCCUGGGGAUCCUGGUCCCUCCCUGUGACCAUGGACCUGCCUGGAGAUGCAGUGGAAAUCGGACUGCAAUGCUUCACCUUGGACUUGAAGAAUGUUACCUGUCAGUGGCAACAACAAGACCAUGCUAGCUCCCAAGGCUUCUUCUACCACAGCAGGGCACGGUGCUGCCCCAGAGACAGGGACCCCAUCUGGGAGAAGUGUGAAGAGGAGCAGAAAAAUCCAGAAUUACAGCCCUCCCAGUUCACCCGCUGCCACUUCAAGUCACAAAAUGACAGUGUUAUUCACAUCCUUGUGGAGAUGACCACAGCUCAGGGUGCUGUUCACAGCUACCUGGGCUCCCCUUUCUGGAUCCACCAGGCUGUGCUCAUCCCCACUCCAAACUUGCACUGGAGAGAGGUCUCCAGUGGGCAGCUGGAAUUGGAGUGGCAGCACCCAUCAUCCUGGGCAGCCCAAGAGACCUGCUAUCAGCUCCGAUACACAGGAGAAAGCCAUCAGGACUGGAAGGUGCUGGAGCCGCUUCUCGGGGCCCAGGGAGUGACCUUGGAGCUACGCCCGCGCUCUCGCUACCGUUUACAGCUUCGCGCCAGACUCCACGGCCCCACUUUCCAAGGCCCCUGGAGCUCCUGGUCGGACCCAGUGAGGGUGGAGACCGCCUCCGAGACGGCCUGGAUCUCCUUGGUGACGGCUCUGCUCCUGGUGCUGGGCCUCAGCGCCCUCCUGGGCCUGCUGCUGCUGAGGUGGCAGUUUCCUGCGCACUACAGGAGUCUGAGGCAUGCCUUGUGGCCCUCACUUCCAGACCUUCACCGGGUCCUAGGCCAGUACCUUAGGGAUACUGCAGCCCUGAGUCCGCCCAAGGCUGCAGUCUCAGAUGCCUAUGAGGAAGUGGAACCCAGCCUCCUUGAAAUUCUACCUAACUCCUCAGAGAAGACACCCUUGCCACUAUGUUCCUCCCAGGCCCAGAUGGACUACCGAGGAUUGCAGCCUUCUUGCCUGGGGACCAUGCCCCUGUCUGUGUGCCCACCCAUGAUGGAGUCAGGGUCCUACUGCACCACUCACAUCGCCAACCAUUCCUACUUACCACUGAGCUGUUGGCAGGCCCCUCGUUCCCAGUACCCCGGACAGAUCCAAACCCUCUAGCCCUGUCUUCCAACCUCUCUACCCACCCCACCCCCACAACACAAACAUCUCAGAGCUCACGAC